AUGGGCGUCUUCAGGCCGGGCCGAGCGAGGUCCAUCUUCCUCGCCAUGCUAGCUACCCUGCUCGUAUGCACGGUGUAUCUCUACUGGACUCCGACUACCGCCUCAUCUACGGUCUCCGUGGUACCGAGCACAGCAUUCGAAGUUCCUCUGGUCGAACGCCAAAAAGACUUUUGGAAAGCCUUCCAUCCUCUCAUCACCAAGUACGAUCCUCUUUGCCCUCCGCCAACGAAUCUGGGCAGUGCGCGCGCAGUCCAUUUCAAUCCCAAUGAAAGUAUCCCACGACCCGAUCUAUCCAGGGUGACGGAGGAGUGUUUGUGGCUAUUGGAAGGAGCGCAUGACCAAUUUGUGAAAGAGAUCACUCAACCGGCUCGAGACUUAAAGCCGGUUCACAGCCAUACUCCGGGUACGCGAGGAAUCGUAACCACGGCUGGUUCGACUUACAUGCCAGUCGUGAUCAACUCGCUGCGCAUGCUUCGCCGCUCCGGGUCCACGCUUCCCGUCGAGGUAUAUAUGAAAGAUACCGAGGAGUGGGAGAAACGGAUCUGUAAUGAGGUGCUUCCGGAGAUGAACGCAAAAUGCUUGGUGAUCGGUGACGUCGUGGGUAAGGAGCCCAUCGCGCACUAUCAACUCAAGAUUUUCGCCAUGCUCUUCUCCUCCUUUGAAGAAGUGAUUUGGAUGGACGCGGAUUGUUUCCCGCUGCAUAAACCCGAGGAGCUUCUGGACUCGGAGCCAUAUACUUCAACCGGCAUGGUCACCUGGCCAGACUUCUGGUUCUCCUCGGCAUCCCCUCUAUACUACCAGGUCUCAAAUCAGCCAGUUCCACCCAUGACGAGCCGUCAGUCUACAGAAGCGGGUGUGAUUCUCGUGUCUAAGAAGACCCAUUUCACGCCUCUCUUACUUGCCGCCUAUUACAAUUUCCACGGUCCUUCCAUGUACUUCCGACUUUUGACCCAGGGAGGCCCCGGAGAAGGAGACAAGGAGACAUUCACCGCCGCUGCCGCAGCACUCCAAGCUCCUUACUAUACGGUGAGUGAGAAAGUGCAGCCGAUCGGGCAUUUCGAUUCGAUCAAACACUCGGGAUCUGCUAUGGUUCAGUCAGAUCCACGAGAGGAUUACGCCCUUACCUCGCAGGGCAAAUGGAGAAUCAAUGACCCAUCGGUGGCACCUCCUCCCGCUAUCUUCUUCAUUCAUGCGAACUUCCCCAAGUUCAAUCCUGGAGACAAUCUCUUCGGUAUGGGCUGGGAGACCACCCCCACAAUCGAUGAAAAUGGUACGGAUGUGCGGGCAUGGUCAGGUCCCCUUGACGUUGUCGACCGGUUCGGUUUCGAUGCUGAAAAGGCCUUCUGGGAGGAGAUCAAGUGGGUCACUUGCAAGUAUGAAACCGUCUUUGAAUCGUGGAAAGACAAGGCAGGCCUUUGUCGGAAGGUUGAGGACUACUGGAACAACGUCUUUGCGGAAUCGCAUGACGAUGACCCGAAAUUCACCCGAGAAGGUUGA